AUCUUAUUUCAUUUCCCAGUGAAUUCCAAUUUCUUUCUGGAAGUGAAAGUGGGCGCAGGCAUGAAGCUGUGGCAGUCAAUAUUAGAAGCAUUUGUUCUGUUACCGUAUCUCAGUGUAUGGCUUGUUGAUGGACACUCUCCUCCUGGGAAACCUAGAAUAGUAAGUUGCCUGUUCCAAGGAAAUGAAGCAUUUACUUGUCGAUGGGAACCUAAUUCAGAUGGGGGUCUUCCUACAAAUUAUACUUUGCUGUACAACACCAUUGGUGAAGAAGAGAUCCAUGAAUGUCCAGAUUAUCUAUCUGCUGGGCCCAAUUCCUGUUACUUUAAUGAAAGAAUCACCAGGCUGUGGCAAACAUACAACAUCAGUGUAAAAGCUACCAAUGACGCAGGAAAUAAUUUAUCUGAUCCCCAUUAUGUGAAUCUAAAAGAAAUGGUUAAGCCAAACCCUCCCAUGAACCUUUCUUUGGAAAUCAAAAUGAUAAAUGGAAUAAUGUAUAUGUGGACAAAAUGGUCUCCAUCCCCGCGGGUGAAUGAUUCAGCACUUUGUAAUUAUGAAUUGCGACUGAAGUCUGCAGAAGGAAAAAAAUGGGAGAAUUACUUUGUGGGAGAGCAGUUGCAGUAUAAAAUAUCUCAGUUGCAUCCAGGAAUGAAAUACACUGCUCAGGUUCGUUGUGUAACAGAUCAUGGUGGAAGGAGUGUGUGGAGCCCAGAAAGAUACAUCCACUUCCAUAGUGACCAGCCUCCAGGGAAGCCAAUCUUUAUAGGAUGUCGCUCUCCUGAAAAAGAAACCUUUACUUGCUGGUGGAAGCCGAGCUCUGAGGGAAGUCUCCCAAAAAACUAUACGCUGCUCUAUAACAGAGAAAGAGAUAAAAAAUACUAUGAAUGCCCGGACUACACAACAGCGGGGUCCAACUCCUGUUACUUUGAUAAAAAGCACACAUCGCUUUGGACGACAUAUAAUUUUACUCUAAUGGCAAUGAAUGAAAUGGGGAGUAGUGUGGCAGACCCUUAUUACGUGGACGUAGCUAAUAUAGUUCAGCCAGAUCCUCCCGAAAAUCUUUCCCUAGAAUUUGAGAAAAAAGUAUAUGGAGAAUAUGUGUUAUUGACGUGGACUCCACCUUCUCGGGGGGAUGUCAAAUCUGGCUGGCUAACUCUGGAGUAUGAAUUACGUAUAAAGCCCGAAGAAGGGCAAGAGUGGGAAAAAAUAUUUGUUGGGCAAAGGAUGUCUUACAAGAUGUUCAGUGUGAAUCCAGGAGAAAGAUAUGUUGCCCAGGUUCGAUGCAGAUCAGAUCAUGGUAUCUGGAGCAACUGGAGCCCUAAAACUUAUAUUAAACUCCAAAAAGAUAUCAGCAUAAAGGAUGUAGUUGUUUGGAUCAUUGUGACUUUUUUAUCAAUUGCUGCUUGUUUGAUUUUGCUCUGGAUACUGGCUUUGAAAAAAACCAAGAUGGUAGCUCGCCUUCUACCACCAGUUCCUGGUCCAAAAAUAAAAGGCUUGGAUGCUCAAUUAUUACAGGCAGGAAAAUCUGAAGAAUUGCUGAGUGCUCUUGACUGCCAAGGUUUCCCUCCAACUUCAGACUCUGAUGAUCUGUUGAUUGAAUUUUUGGAGAUAGACGACAGCGAAGACCAGCAGCUAAUGCCGAAUCAUGGAAAGAGUCACCCCAACAAACAUGUACGGCUGGAAAUAGACUCCGAUUCAGGAAGAGGAAGCUGUGAGAAUCCGCCUCUCCUGCAAGAGAAAUAUAAGGACGCCAGAAAAUUGCCCCCUGCAGCAGAAGUACCAGAUCCUGAUGAGGUUCAAAGGAACACCGAUAGAACAAAACUUUCAGAAACAUUAAAAGUAGACCCUGAAAGGCAUCUCCCACAGUUGGCCAACAGGAGCCCAAAGUCAUCUACAUGGCCUGGAGACCACUCCCACACUCCAAAGUAUUCCUCUCACGAUGCCAUACAGAUCUGCAAAAGGGUACUCAAUGCCACAAACAUAAAAAGGUCACCCAUUUUGGGGAGAAGUGAAGGAAAGCAUUGUUCUCAACCUCCCAAAACCAUUCAGACUAUCAGCAAAGUAAAAACAAGCCAACUGGAAGAUGAAGCCAAUUUGUCUCUAAACUCUCAGCAUAAUCAAGAGGCAUCAUUCUGGUUAGCUUCUCUGGAGCAGCUGCCUUUUACAUCUACGAAGCCAAUGGAUUAUGUAGAGAUUCACAAGGUCAGCAGUGACGGAGCGCUGGCUGUGCUACCCAAACAGAAAGAAAGCGUUGAGAAAACUGAAAAGGCUCCUCUGCCUACAGAUGCAAAAGAAUACUCCAAGGUUUCAACUGUUGUAACGGAUCAUAUUCUGGUACUAUUACCAGAGGCCUUGCCUUCUUUUCAGGAACCCCCAAAGGAGUCCAAUCUGGAAAGCCAGGCAGAGAAAAACAUGAUCUAUUGCCUCCCCGUUCCCAACCUGUGCAAAAUACAGAUUGGUGGUUUAGAUUACAUGGAUCCAAGUAACUUUAUGCCAGCCUUUCAUUAAUAUACAAAUUGAAGUUCCCCAGGUGACGCAAGGAAAAUAAACAUUCUUGGCACAAAAUUGCUCCGCUAUAAUUCACACCUGUUUAUGUUUUGUAUUUGGUCAUUAAGAACAGACAGCGGGGGCGGGGGGCAGAAUCUAUCUUGCUGUCUGUGAUUAAGAGAAUUGUUUUGGUGAAGUCUGACUUUAGGGAAAGUAUAUGUCAUGAUUUUUAUUCCAAACCACAACCUAUUUGAUUUAUUUCUGACAUGUCUUAUCAAAAAUGAUGAAGUAUCAAGAAUUUAUGGUUAAGUGGUGGUUGGGCACCCUGGGGUGAAGGCUACAAUAGAAGUGCAACCCACCAUUUUUACUUGAUUGAGCCAUGACGUCCGAUACCAUGUAGAAGAAAUAUACAAGAGCAUAGGCCUGUGAUGGCGAACCUACGGCACGCGAACCUAUGGUGAACCUCUGGGGGGAUGUGAGCUGUCGCCCCAGC